AAAAUAAAAUAAUAUAUGAUAAUGUAGUUUAAUGAGUGCUCACUUUGCUUCGUGACAUUGGAGCCUCCUAGACUCCAAGUCCUACUAGUUUAGUCCUCAUGACCAAUACACUGAAGUGAAGUGAGAGUGGGACUAUUCACGUGGAUUAUGAAUAUGAAACCCCCCAUCAUAUAAACAUCAUUCUUAGCUCUUAUUAGAGAGAAGAAGCUCAAGAGACAAGAGAGGCCAAAGAGAGAGAGAGAGAGAGAGAAACAACAUAUAUUUUCAUUUGCUCAUGUAGGGUUCUUCAAUAAUUGAAUCUCUCCUGAAUCCUUUUCUUCUUUUUCAACUUUAACCAUCCCAUAAUUUCACAGAAACAUAAAGUUCUCACCUUGAUUAACCCUUUAAAAGCAACUUGAUUCAAAGUUUUCGGCUUUAGACUUUACACCCCAUCUCUCUUUUCUUCCAAUUUCCCAAGUGAAUGUCCUACCUUUCCCAUCUUUUUCCAACUUUUCACGACAAUCAUUUCUUUUUUUUUUUUCUCGCUUUCCAAACAAAACCCAAGUAACCCUCUCACUACCACUCUCAGAAAACACCAAAAACCAAACCAAACCAAACCAAAAGUGUCAAGCUCCCAACUCCAAAACCUUACCCUUAAGAUGGUGUCGUUAACGUUCAUUUUCAGGUCAGCUUGCAUUGUAUUAUGGAUUACGUUUUUUAACGCUCGCGCCGGUAUACUUUCUGAACCCGUUAACGGCCACGACCAACCACUAGACCCUGGCGUGUACUCAACCCCAAACACUGUCCCAGCUUUCCCGGUUCAAACCCAGAGCCAAACCUGCCGGCUAGACCUCUCAGCCGAGCUAUUCGGCGGCGUCAACGAAGCCUGCGGGAAAAACCUCGACCGAAGCCGAUGCUGUCCAGUCUUAGCCGCGUGGCUCUACGCGGCUCACGCCAGGACAGCUCUACAGGUUCAAUCGGCUUCGGCUCCAACUGGAGCCGAAGCCGAUCUCCCAAUGAUGCCAGAUGACUCACAGAAGUGCGUUAAUGCGCUGCAGAGCUCGUUGCUGAGCCGAAACAUUCGGCUCCCACAGCCAAACGCGAGUUGCGAUGCUAUACUUUGUUUCUGUGGGAUUCGGCUGCACCAGAUCAGCUCACUGAGCUGUCCAGCGGCUUUUAAUGUUACUGGGUUUCAUAAUGCCACUCCUACUGCUGCAGUCAAAAACUUGGAGAGGAAUUGCCGCAAUUCUUCUUAUUCUGGCUGUACUAAGUGCCUUGGGGCACUCCAAAAGCUGAAGGGUGGGUACAAAAACGGAACGGGGGACAAGCCCACAACCGACAGAGCAAGCAAGAUGUUCAACAGGGACUGCCAGCUCAUGGGGCUGACGUGGCUUCUUGCCCGUAACAAAACGGCUUACAUUCCAACGGUCUCUGCUGUAUUACGCGCCAUCAUGUACAGUGCGCACCCUCUGCUACACGAGUCCACGUGUAGCCCCGACCAAGAGAACAUGCCGCUGGCCGUUGAUUCCCUGCAAUUCGAGAAUGAGGAGUCCUCAUCAGCACCGUCCAUUUCUUGGUUUCCCGUUUUGCCCCUAAUCAUUCUAGUUUCUCUGUUUCUGUUUGUUUAAAAAGGGGGGCCGUGGCCUCUGUGCCUUAUUGCCCUGGUUUUUGGUAUCCCGUGUCGGGUCAGGUCACGUGAAGCUAGUUGACAAACGGGUUGUCAGGGCUGUUUUUGUCCCAUUGUAAAUUUCAGCCUGUUAUCCAUACUUGUACGUGGGAGGGUCUUACUUUUGCAGCUGUGCUAAAACAUACACUAUAUAUGUAGAUUCUUUACCCUC